UCCGCCCCUCCAGGUGCGGGAAGCUGAAGCCGGGAAACAUGGUGGCCGCCUGCUUUCUCAGCAAGGGUUUGACUACCCUGGUAGGGUUGUUGCUUUUGUCCUUCGGCAGCUUGGCCGCUAGUCAGAUCGAGGAUCAAGCAGAACAGUUCUUUAGAAGUGGCCAUACAAACAACUGGGCUGUUUUGGUAUGUACAUCCCGGUUCUGGUUUAAUUAUCGGCAUGUUGCAAAUACUCUCUCUGUUUACAGAAGUGUCAAGAGGCUAGGUAUUCCUGACAGUCACAUUGUUCUGAUGCUUGCAGACGAUAUGGCAUGCAACCCUAGAAAUCCCAAACCAGCUACGGUGUUUAGUCACAAGAAUAUGGAACUAAAUGUAUAUGGAGAUGAUGUGGAAGUAGAUUAUAGAAGUUAUGAGGUAACUGUGGAGAAUUUUUUACGGGUAUUAACUGGCAGGAUCCCACCUAGUACUCCUCGUUCAAAACGUCUUCUUUCUGAUGAUAGAAGCAAUAUUCUUAUUUAUAUGACAGGACAUGGUGGAAAUGGUUUCUUGAAAUUUCAAGAUUCUGAAGAAAUUACCAACAUAGAACUUGCAGAUGCUUUUGAGCAAAUGUGGCAAAAAAGACGCUACAACGAAUUACUGUUUAUUAUUGAUACUUGUCAAGGAGCAUCCAUGUAUGAACGAUUCUAUUCUCCUAACAUAAUGGCUUUAGCUAGUAGCCAAGUGGGAGAAGAUUCACUCUCGCAUCAACCUGAUCCUGCAAUUGGAGUCCACCUUAUGGAUAGAUACACAUUUUAUGUCUUGGAAUUUUUGGAAGAAAUUAAUCCAGCUAGCCAAACUAAUAUGAAUGACCUUUUUCAGGUAUGUCCUAGAAGUCUCUGUGUGUCUACCCCUGGACAUCGCACUGAUCUUUUUCAGAGGGAUCCUAAAAAUGUCCUGAUAACUGAUUUUUUUGGAAGCGUACGGAAAGUGGAAAUUACAACAGAGACUAUCAGUUUGCAACCAGAUUUAGAAAGCAUGGAAAGCAGAUAUAAGAAAGACUGGAUGGAUGAGGAACUCAUGGAACCACUGAAAUAUGCUGAACAACUUCCUGUAGCUCAGAUAAUACACCAGAAACCAAAGCUGAAAGAUUGGCAUCCUCCUGGGGGUUUCAUUCUGGGAUUGUGGGCACUCAUUAUAAUGGUUUUCUUCAAAACUUAUGGAAUCAAGCAUAUGAAGUUCAUUUUCUAGACAUGAUGUGUGAAGAAGACGGCAUGGAAGACUGCAACCUUGGAUAAAAUUUUAUGUCAUUAUGCUUUUUAAAAAGUACAUUGUUCUUGGGGCGCCUGGGUGGCUCAGUCGGUUAAGCAGCUGCCUUCGGCUCAGGUCAUGGUCCCAACGUCCUGGGAUCGAGUCCCACAUCAGGCUCCCUACUCGACGGGAAGCCUGCUUCUCCCUCUCCCACUCCCCCUGCUUGUGUUCCCUUUCUCGCUGUGUCUCUCUCUGUCAAAUAAAUAAAUAAAAUCUUAAAAAAAAAACAAAAACAUUGUUCUUAUGUGAAUUGGGCAAAAAGUAUAGGGAAACUAAAUUUGAAUGAACUAUUGAUUUUAUAACUUAAAGAUAAAUAACUGUUAAUGCAAAUGCUAAGUGGCACUAACUAUACUUGUUUUUUGUUGUGCAUGUUAUUAAAAAGAUUGGACAAAGAUCCGAGUAUA